GAAAACGGUUCUGACCCUUAGACCCCCUGAAAGGGUCUCGGAGCCGCCAGGGCGUCGAGGACUGCACUUGAAGAACCACCCGGCGUCCGCGCACGAGAAAUCGCAGUUCCCUCCCUGUUCAGUUACGCACGCUCGAGGCGUGUUUAUCACUACAGGUCUGACCGCGGAGCGCCGAGCAGCAGACGUUCCCGGCGUCCAGCGAUGGUCCUGUACUCGGGACGCUCGCAGGACCGCGCGGGGGCCGCCUUACGGUUGCCGUGGCAACGAUCGCAGGCGGGCGCGGCGCGGCCAUCGACCAGUGACGCCUGCGCGCUCUGCGCUCUGCCGAGAGGGCUGCGACGCCCCGCGGGCCGGCGGGAAGAUGGCGGCGGCGGCGGGCUACCCAGCCGGGAAGGGCCGCGACAUGAGCCUGGCGGCCCUGCGGCGCCACGAUCCCUACAUCAGCCGCAUCGUGGACGUGGCCAGCCAGGUGGCCCUGUACACCUUCGGCCACCGGGCCAACGAGUGGGAAAAGACUGAUGUGGAAGGAACCUUAUUUGUUUACACAAGGUCUGCUUCUCCGAAACACGGCUUCACCAUCAUGAACAGGCUAAGCAUGGAGAAUAGGACAGAGCCCAUCACGAAAGACCUGGAUUUCCAGCUCCAGGACCCCUUCCUUCUCUACAGAAAUGCCAGAUUGUCCAUUUAUGGAAUUUGGUUUUACGACAAGGAAGAAUGCCAAAGAAUUGCAGAGCUUAUGAAAAACCUCACUCAGUACGAACAGCUGAAAGCGCACCACGGAGCGGGGGCGGCAGUGGGAGCGUCCCCCGUGGGCCUCGGCUCGGGAGAGCGCAAGGAGGUGGACAUCCUACGGAUGCUCACCAAGGCCAGAGACGAAUACGCGAAGUGUAAAGCCUGUCCUGAGCCCAAACAGAUCAGCAGCUCGUCCGCCAUCUACGACAACCCCAAUCUCAUCAAGCCAAUUCCAGUGAAGCCCAGCGGGAGCCGGCAGCAGCGCGGCCCUCGGCCCGGCCAGACCUUAGACCCUGAACCCCAACACCUGUCCUUGACGGCCCUCUUCAGGAAGCUGGACAAAGCUACGUGUCACGAAGCCGCGCGGCCUCCAAAGACCCUCCACCAGCAGCAGCAAGAGAAGCUUCCGCUUCGGCAGGGGGUCGUCCGCUCCCUGUCCUACGAGGAACCCCGAAGAUGCUCGCCCCCGGUCGAGAAGCAGCUCUGUCCCGCCAUUCAGAAGCUCCUGGUCGGGAUCGCGGACCUGCAGCCGCUGGCAGAGCUGCCCGAGAGCCGGCCCUGUAGAGACGCCGCCCGGCCGGGGUCUCCCCGCGGCCCCGAGGUCUCCCGCCGCGUGCACGGUGCCCCCAGGACUCAGAACCCGCCGGACCAGCUCCAGAGCAUCCCUGGGGCGCCGGCACCAGACGCCUCGGCCGAGACGCCGGGGCCCCGGGCACUCCCGAGGCCAGCGCCCCCCGGCCCUGGGCCCGGCCGUCAGCCCCUGGGGCCCAGCGAGGUCUCCCCGCGGGAGCUGCUGUGGAAGCUCCAGGCGGUGCAACAGGAGCGGCAGUUGCCGGCGCCCGGCCGCCCAGCGCUGGCGGCCAAGUUCCCCGUGGCCACCCCGAGCGCUGGAGCACGGAACCCCCUGGAGUCCUGGAGGGACCAGACCCCCAGCGCGGAGCAGCAGGCUCCCCUCCUUCAGGUCCUCUCGCCCCGGCGCGCCCCGCCCGCCGCAGGCCCAUCUCCGCUCAUGUCGCCACUGGUGUUCGCGCAGCCCUCCUGGGCCCCACCGCCAGAGAGGGGCAGCGGGCUCUUGCCCCCGGGAAGCCAGGACCCGGAGGCCACCCCCAGCGGCCCCCUCCUGCCCCUGCAGACGCCGGAGCCCCCCAGGACGCCAGGCAGUGCCCUGACCAAGCCGCAGCUCCAGGAGGCCCUGCUGCACCUCAUCCAGGUAGGAGGGCGCCGCCUCCCUCCUCGGAGGCCUUUCCCAGAAGCCUGCUGCCCUGCUGGUGCCUGUGCCCGCCUCCUGCUCCCCAAGGGCAGCGGCUUACCCCGAGACCUGCGCUUCUGGGUGCGUUUCAGACACAGCGUGGCUCUGGGCGUUGUGACUUCAAGUGCCACCCGGCAGAAGAGGAGGAGGUGAAGCCGCCCCUGGGAGGGUCCCGGGUCUGUGGGGCCGUCGGGAGCCAGUGGGGAGUGGAGGGGAGGGCUGCCCUGAGCCCGCGGCAGUGCCCAGGCCGCUACUCGGGGAGGAUGCAGCUGGGGCGGCAGGAAUGGCUGUGACGACCACGGCAUGUUUUAUAGAUGACCUUGAAGCCUGCCAGUGAGGACAGGCUGGGAUGGCUUCCUCGUGCCCCUAUGAAGUAAUAAGGGCGAUGACACUUGUACAGAGCUCUGGGCCGGGCACGGUGUUAGACACCAGGACGCCGAGGCUGAGGGACUGGCCUGAGGUCACCAGCAAGAGCAGAGCUGGGGCUGCAGCCUGGCUGCCGUGCCCCUUCCCACUGCACGACGGGGCCGGGAGGUGGCAGGGCCCACCCCGAACGCGAGACAGGCUUUGCAAAGUGCAGCGCGCUCACCCAGACGGACCGCAGACACCCCAGCUCACGUACUGAGGUAUCUUUUUCGCAGACAGUCCGUAAGGUUUUUGCUUGAGUGUCAGGCGACCUUGAGAGCGGCCAGCACUUUUGCUCUGUCUCAUCCUACUCAAAAAGACAGUAGUCGCCGUUGGUAAGAAUGUUUCUUUAAAGGUAACGUAUUUUAGAGAGAAGGAAUGGAAUGGGGACAGAAAUCAGCAUCUGAGUGUGAAAGCAGGGUAGCAAUCUGCUAAAGAUGGACGAGAAGUGACCGCACCUGACUAAUUCAUAAAGAAGGGUCUUUUCCACCUUUUCUAGAAGCCAUUCAUGAGAAGUUCUUGAGGACUUAGGUAGGGCAUCUGUAAGCUCCUUUUCUGUGAGCAAUAAACAAAAAACUUGAAUGUAAAAAGUUCCACAUUUUUCUGGCUUCUUCCACUUAAUAACACUGUUCCAAAGAUGUCUGUGCAGUCGUGGGGACCCCUAAAGUCCGGAGCAGCCCCUGGACCUCGCCCGUUAGAGACCAGACAUCGUUCCCUCCACCCGGCCUGCGCUUCACGCUCCCCGUGCUUUCGGCAUCUUCCCCAUGAGCUGCUGGGAGCCACUCAGGCAUGCGGCUUUGCUCUCUGCCUGCUGUUAGGACACAGGCUCGUGCUCGGAGACUUUGCAGGAAAGCCAGGGUAGCCUGGCUCCAGGCCAAGCGGGAGUGUGAAACGAGCCAGGGCGAUAAAGGACGGGGUGGGAGGGAGCCGCGUCUCCAACAUCAGAGACAGAGAAAACCGCCGAUGGAACCGUGGUUCCCUCGGCCCGAGAGGGGCAGGAGGGGCCCAGAGCCUGCAGUCUCACCGCUGCCGGCUUGCCCAGGCCAGAGCUCUCCGUAGCUAACGGGGGUGGUGCAGGGGGGUGGAGAGGCACUGGCUCUGGCAGGGUACCAGCCAAGCACGUUGCCAGGGAAGUCUUAACUUCCGCCCAACAAUGAAGGCACCCCUUGUGGGCGACUCGGGGGCCUCUCAGAGCCACCAGUGACCUCCCAGCCAGGCUCAGAGGACUGAGCUGGGUUACGUCCUCCCCGUGCAGCCUCCUGGGGGCCCCAGGUCUCUCCACACAGGAGGCCAGGCUUCUCGGGAGCCGGCCCGCUCCGCGCUGCCCCGAGGCUGGUGCCCGCCUGAGCUGCAGGCCACGAGCACCUGCCGUGUCCCAGGCUGGCCACCGAGGACCGGCAGCUGACCCUUCUGGCCUGGCCUGCAGCCCCACUGACUGUUCAGCUUAAAAACUAGCCACUGUGGGCACGCACAGGUGGGGAGGAGAAUCUUAGGAUCAAGGUGCCCGUUCAGCCCCAAGACAGAAGGCCUCUCGUUUCUGCCGGCCAAGUCACAUCCCCUGGGGCUUUUGUGUUUUCCAGAAUGACGACAACUUCUUAAAUAUAAUCUACGAAGCUUAUCUCUUCAGCAUGACACAAGCGGCCGUGAAAAAGACUCUGUGAAAGCAAAACAUUUCAAGACUGAUCUCCAGGGCCUUCCGGCUCGAGGUCUUUUCAGGUCACAUGUUGUUUCCCUAAAUGUUUCUGCCUUUUUUUUAAAGUAUGUCUUAUAUGAAAUAAAAUGCUUCAGGCUUUUUUCAG